AUGCUCGACUGCUAUCUCCAUGGCAUGCCGAUCUGCCAGUGUCCGACGGAAUGUGAUGGAUGUCAGCGCGAGCUCGACCCCUCCGUUGCUGCACAUCAUCUCCAGACCUGCAAACGCCGAUCCUCCAAGCUUCCCACGGCGCAUGACAACCUUACUCGUACGAUUCGGUCGAUGCUGAACGAAGCUGGUCUUCAGAGCGUCAUCGAUACAGUGGGGGAUCCUCGUUCUCGACGGCAGGUACCCUCCCAUCCUCAUGGCCGCAAGAUGAAGGGCGAUAUCCACAUUCCUGGAAUCCGCGAUCGAGGGUCCGAGCAGUACGAGGGCUUGAUGGCGGACGUGACGUUGGUCCACCCUUACAUUGGUAGCUCUGCCGACCUGACCAAGUGGGGGGAGGUCAACCUCGACGCCCUCCAUGUUGCAGCGUCUGAGAAGAUUCGCAAACAUCGCGCUGCAUAUGCCAUGACUACUCCUCCUCGAGCGUUCAUCCCUCUUGCCAUCUCGACGGACGGUACCCUGCAUCCUGACACCCUCCGCUUCAUCUGGUAUCUCGCGGACAUCAUUGCUCAGCGCUCAAUGCCUCUUAAGGAUGCGGCGUUUGAGUCUGGUGCGAGGCGCAUGACGCCCUUGCGGGCGCAAGCACUUCUCGAGCCAGAGGACAGCUCCUCCUCGGACUUUGUCGAGUCGCCCGAGGGGGAGUCUUCGCCGGAGGUCUCCGACUCCGAUGGGGGACACCCUUCGAGUGGCCCCGACGAUCGGCGCGGAGCUGGCGAGGCGUCUCCGUCCCUCACUGUGACGUCGGGUGCCUCCGGAGAGCUCGACACCACUGGGGUGCUUGCUGCUGGUCCGAGCUCGCCUGCUUCCUCCCCGGCAUCAAUCGGGUCACGCCGGUCCUUGGGCAUUGCCGCGGCGUCGCCGCCGUCACGGGCGGUGUUGGUUUCGGCUACCGCUGACUCGGAGGCUAGCGAGGAGGACUACCUCGAGCGGUACCGUGUUCCAUUCUGUAGGAUUUCGCCCAGGAAAAACCAAGGAAAAGUGGCUUUUUGUCAGUUCUCGAUCUCCCAGUACCGGUUAUGA